GCCACCCGGUAACUGAGGUCCCUGAUCCUCUGACCCAGGCUCCGGGGGAAGCCCGGGAGGAGGGAGUAGAAGGGAGAAGGGGGGAGAGUUAUCGCGAUAUUUCCCAUCGCCAGCGGAGGCAGGAGGGGUCUGACCGACUGGCCCCUCUUCCACCGAGGAGCCGGGCUGCCCCCUCCCUCCCCCGGCCCUCCUUCCUCUAGCUCUGAGGGGGUGGGACCUCUUGGCCAGCAGACACCCCUGCCCCUCCUGUCUCCACAGGGGGCCUAGGCAUGCCUCUCCCCCUCCCCCACUGCCCCCAUCUGCCCAGAAUUGCUUCGGAUGGCUUGAGGUGGGGAAGGAAGAGGCCUGGGGGUGGUGGAUUUGCCUGUAAAUAUCGUGGACGUGUUACCCCGCGCUUCUUCCUGGUCUUUGUCUCUUAGAGGAACCCCCACCAUACGUAUAUAUGCCUCAGUCUCUCCUGAGCUCCCUGUUGCUUGGGGGGCGAGAGGGGGGGAAGUAGGGGGUUUGUCUCCUGGUUGUCUCCCGCUGUCUUCUGAUGCCUCCUUCUCUGGGCCUCUCGCAGUUUGUAUCUGUUCCUGAAACUCAUUUCUCUUCUCCCCGUCUCCACUCUGUUCCAAGGUGUUAGUACUUGGAGAAGGAGCAUAAAGCCGGCUCUGUUGCAGCUUUUGGGUAGGGAGGUUUUCCCAGGGGCUCCCUGGUUUGGAGUUGGAGGUUGUGGCCUUAGAGCUGUCUUUGGAAUGAGGCUGGAAACAGACCCCAGGUCAGAUGCCCACCCUACUCCUCCAGCCUCUGGCCCCCCGAGUGGAGGUUGGGAGCUGCACUGCCUUUGUUGCUGGAAGACUUCUGUUAUAAUUUAUCCUGGGUGGACCGGGGAUGCACAAAAGAUGGAGCCCGAUGGUGUCGCUCAAGGAGGCACGCGUCUCCAGAGCCCCCGUACCCGGGUGACGCUCCCCAGGCCCCCUGCCCCCCACCCCGGCAUCAUGCAUCGGACCACACGGAUCAAAAUCACAGAGCUGAACCCUCACCUCAUGUGUGCCCUCUGCGGGGGGUACUUCAUCGACGCCACUACCAUCGUGGAGUGCUUGCAUUCCUUCUGCAAAACCUGCAUCGUGCGCUACCUGGAGACCAACAAGUACUGCCCCAUGUGUGAUGUGCAGGUCCACAAAACCAGGCCGCUGCUGAGCAUCAGAUCUGACAAAACCCUGCAAGACAUCGUCUAUAAACUGGUCCCUGGGCUUUUUAAAGAUGAGAUGAAACGACGGCGGGAUUUCUAUGCAGCGUACCCCCUGACUGAAGUCCCCAACGGCUCCAAUGAGGACCGCGGCGAGGUCCUGGAGCAGGAGAAGGGAGCUCUGAGCGACAACGAGAUUGUCAGCCUCUCCAUCGAGUUCUAUGAAGGUGUCAGGGACCGGGAGGAAAAGAAAGGUCCUCUGGAGAAUGGGGAUGGGGACAAGGAGAAGCAGACAGGGGUGCGGUUCCUGCAAUGCCCAGCAGCCAUGACCGUCAUGCAUCUCGCCAAGUUUCUUCGCAACAAGAUGGAUGUGCCCAGCAAAUACAAGGUGGAGGUUCUAUACGAGGACGAGCCACUGAAGGAGUACUACACUCUCAUGGAUAUAGCCUACAUCUAUCCCUGGCGGCGGAAUGGCCCUCUCCCCCUCAAGUAUCGGGUCCAGCCGGCCUGCAAGCGGCUCACCUUGCCCACAGCACCCACCCCCUCGGAGGGCACCAACACCAGCGGGGCAUCUGAGUGUGAGUCAGUCAGCGACAAGGCUCCCAGCCCUGCCACCCUGCCAGCCACCUCCUCCUCCCUUCCCAGCCCAGCCACCCCCUGCCAUGGCUCUCCCAGCUCCCAUGGGCCCCCGGCUACUCACCCUACCUCCCCUACUCCCCCUGCGACAGCCAGUGGGGCCACCACAGCUGCCAACGGGGGUACCUCGAACUGCCUGCAGACACCAUCUUCCACCAGCAGGGGGCGCAAGAUGACUGUCAACGGAGCUCCUGUGCCCCCCUUAACUUGAGGAAAGGGACCCUCUCCCUCCUUUUCCAGCCAUGCCUCGCCACCCCUCCACUUUUUCUGGGCCCCUUUUCCACCUCUUCUACUUGCCCCAGCUCCUCCCGCCUUAGGGGUGGGGGGCGGGUUUUAUAAAUAAAUCUAUAUAUAUAUGUACAUAGGAAAAACCAAAUAUACAUACUUAUUUUCUAUGGACCAACCAGAUUAAUUUAAAUGCCACAGGAAACAAACUUUAUGUGUGUGUGUAUGUGUGGGGGGUGGAGUGUUCAUUUUUAGGGGGUCUUGUGUAAUUUGCCCUGCUCUUAUUUUGGGGGGUGUCUGGCGGUGGACCCGAAGGGCCACUUGAGGCUCAGUAAAGCCCUACUCCAUCCUCCUGUUUCCCAAGGCAGAUGGGAUGUUGGGGGAGCCCCACCAGCCCCCAAAGCUUUAGGCACAACUCCAGCCGGCUAUGAACGGGGUCUACCCUCUCUCUUUCCCCAUUUUGGCUGCUGUCCGGCCCCACCAGCACCCUCCCCCCCCAUUGUUGAAUGUCCAGAGACUUGCUAAGACAGUGCCUUUUACAAAUGCAGUCUAUCCCCUGGUUCUGAGGAGUGAGUGGGUGGUGAAGAUGGCAUCUCCCUUACCUCCUCCUCUUGCAGUGGAAACUUUGUGCAAAGAAUAGAUAGUUCUGCCAUUUUCUUUUUUUUCCUGUGUGUGUGGCCUUUGCAUCAUUAUCUCGUGGAAGAGAAGAUUCGGGCCACGGGAGGCCUCAGCCCUUGAAAUUCCACUGUGGCUUUAGCAAUGUGAACUGCUUCACCCCGUUCUGCCCCUGCCCCCCACCCCACCCCGAAACUCUGACUAGCAAGGCUGGGAGGAAAGUCCCAUCUGGGGGCCUGGAGUGCCGUGGAGAGGCAGAGUGGGGCUAACCUCAGACAAGCACAGACCCCAGAUUGUGCCAAAGGCCAGCAGCCCUCCAGUCCCCUCCCCACCCCCAGCUGAGGCAGAGUCAAGAAAGAGCGACAGAGGCAUCUAAAAGCACAAGAAGACAGAAGCCUGUAGGCUCUGACCUCUGCUCCGUCCCGCGAGGUCAGUGGACUGCCCCCUGAAGGGCAGACCCCACCAGAUUCCUGCCCACCUGUUUUCCCUCCAGUGUACAUAGCUCAGAUCGGGGAGGAGGUGAGGAGGCUAGACUCCCUUGCAACCUAGGUGUUUGGGGUUGGGAGCCCCCCCCCAUCAGGUUUGUCUGUGUUUGCACCUUGUCCUGUGUCUGAGGUGCUGUGACUGUACCCUCCUGCCCUGGGACAUUUGUAUCUCCUGGCUUUGUAAUAAAUGCUGCAUACUCUCUG